GAAGGGUUCGACCGGUUGUCCCGUCUCAGCACACGGCGGCGGCUUCACUGUUAGUGCUGAUAGUGAUUUGCGAGCUUCGCAGUAAUGGCUGAGAGAAAUCACUUCUUACAGCUUUUUUAAUAUGCUCCACCUUGAAGAGCUCAGGUUACCACCGGACCAGUCUCACCAUGACCACCGGCUUCAGCUCGGGUUCUUGCCGCUUCGCAGAUUAUUUUGUGAUCUGCGGACUCGACACCGAAAGCGGGCUGGAACCCGACGAAUUGUCCGCUUUAUGCCAGUAUAUACAAGCUACUAAGUUCAGAGACGGGGCCAGUGGAAAAUUGACAAGGGCAAAUGAAGGUGAGAAUUUUGAGCAGAGUCCACUGCGGAGAACCUUUAAAUCCAAAGUUCUAGCACAUUAUCCAGAGAAUGUUGAGUGGAAUCCAUUUGACCAGGAUGCAGUUGGCAUGCUCUGUAUGCCAAAGGGUCUAUCCUUCCGGACGCAGGUUGAUUCACGGGAGCCUCAGUUUCACUCUUUCAUCAUUACGAGGGAGGACGGCUCACGGACUUAUGGCUUUGCCCUCACUUUCUUUGAAGAGGUGACCAGUAAGCAGAUCUGCAGCGCAAUGCAGACCCUUUACCACAUGCACAAUGCAGAGCAGUAUGACAUCCUGAACACGCCCACCUCACCUCAAGGACCUGAGGACCAGCGACACCAACACACGCAGCCUCGGCCCAUGCUCCACGCCGCUCCUGCAAUCUCACGCCUGCAGCGUUUUAACUCUUAUGACAUCAGCCGUGACACACUCUAUGUGUCAAAGUGCAUCUGUCUAAUAACACCCAUGGCCUUUGCGCAGGCCUGCAGGAAGGUGCUGCAGCAGCUUCACCAUGCUGUCACCUCUCCACAGCCACCACCCCUCCCCCUGGAGAGCUACAUCUACAACAUUCUCUAUGAGGUGCCCCAGCCACCCUCAGGACGUUCUCUCAAGUUCUCAGGCAUCUAUGGGCCCGUGGUGUGCCAGAGGCCAAGCACAUCUGAGCUGCCGCUGUUUGACUUUGCCAUCUGUGAAAUGUUUAAUCUGCUGGGGGUGGAGAAUGUUCUUCAGCUCUUCACCUGUGCUCUGCUCGAGAUGCAGAUUCUUCUCUACUCGCAGCAUUACCAGAGGCUGAUGACUGUGGCUGAGAGCAUCACAGCUUUAAUGUUCCCGUUCCAGUGGCAGCAUGUCUAUGUGCCCAUUCUGCCCGCCUCCCUCCUCCACUUUCUGGAUGCCCCUGUGCCAUAUCUUAUGGGUCUCCAUUCCAACGGACAGGAUGACCGCACAAAACUGGAGCUGCCACAGGAGGCAAACUUGUGUUUUGUGGACAUUGACAACCAUUUCAUUGAGCUACCAGAGGAAUUACCCCAGUUUCCCAACAAACUAGAGUUCAUUCAAGAGAUCUCGGAGGUUCUCAUAUCCUUUGACGUGUCCCCAGAGGGAAAUCUUCAGUCCAGUGACAGCCAGGCCAAGUACAGGAGCUUCCGCUCUGUUGACGUGGUCUCUGACAAGCGUAAUGGAAACCUGGCCUCACCCCUCAACUCCUUCCUUCUGAGAGAGAAUGAAACGAUAGCCAGACUACAGGCUCUGGUCAAGAGGACAGGUGUUAGUCUGGAGAAGCUUGAGGUGAGGGAGGAUGCCAGCAGCAAUAAGGAUAUGCAGGCUCACUGUGAUGAGGAGGAACUAAAGAUGCACCAACUCAACAUCCAGGUGCGCGAAGUCUUUGCCAACAGAUUCACCCAGAUGUUUGCUGACUAUGAGGUGUUUGUCAUCCAGCCAAACCAAGACAAGGAGUCUUGGUUCAGUAAUCGUGACCAGAUGCAGAACUUCGACAAGGCUUCCUUUCUUUCUGACCAGCCAGAGCCAUACCUGCCUUUCCUGUCACGCUUCCUGGAGACGCAGAUGUUUGCAUCCUUUAUUGACAGUAAGAUCCUCUGCCAUGAUGAUGAGGAGAAGGAGCACACACUGAAGGUGUUUGACGCACGCGUGGAAAAGAUUCGCUUGCUGAAUGUCCGCACACCAACACUGCGCACCUCCAUGUACCAGAAGUGCACAAACAUUGAAGAAGCAGAGAAGGCCAUUGAGAUGAGAGUAGCAAAGAUCGACCACACUGCGCUGCACCCACACCUGCUUGACAUGAAGAUCGGUCAGGGACGCUACGAACAAGGUUUCUUCCCCCGCCUGCAGUCUGAUGUCCUCUCCAGUGGACCCACCAGCAACAAAUGGGCUAAGAGGAGUGCCCCUGCCCAGUGGAGGAGGAAGGAUCGACAGAAGCAGCAUGCCGAGCACCUUUAUUUAGACAAUGACCAGAGAGAGAAGUACAUCCAGGAAGCCAGGAACCUUGGAACUACCAUCAGACAGCCCAAACUCUCCAACCUGUCUCCUUCUGUCAUUGCUCAGACAAACUGGAAAUUUGUUGAAGGAUUACUAAAGGAGUGCAGGAACAAGACCAAGCGUAUGCUCGUGGAGAAAAUGGGUCGGGAGGCAGUUGAGUUGGGUCAUGGCGAGGUCAGUAUUACUGGUGUUGAGGAAAACACUCUAAUUGCAAGCCUGUGUGACCUGCUGGAAAGGAUCUGGAGCCACGGUCUACAGGUUAAACAGGGGAAAUCUGCAUUGUGGUCCCACCUGCUCCACUAUCAGGAGAGCAAAGAGAAGAAUGCAACCCCGGGUGGUUUAGGACCUCCAGGAUUUAUUCAUGACACAGAGAGGCGCAAAUCUGAUGGUGGUGGAGCUGCCAUGCCCCCUCUUAAAGUCUCUCUAAUUCAGGACAUGAGACACAUUCAGAACAUAAGUGAGAUCAAGACUGACGUGGGCAAGGCAAGAGCCUGGGUGCGCCUCUCCAUGGAGAAGAAGCUCCUCUCCAGACACCUGAAGCAGUUGCUGUCUGACCACGAGCUUACAAAGAAACUAUACAAACGUUAUGCUUUCCUACGCUGUGAUGAUGAGAAAGAGCAGUUUCUGUACCAUCUCCUUUCCUUUAAUGCUGUGGACUACUUCUGUUUCACCAACGCCUUCACCACCAUUAUGAUCCCUUACCAUGUCGUGAUUGUUCCCAGUAAGAAACUGGGUGGCUCCAUGUUCACAGCCAAUCCUUGGAUGUGUGUUUCUGGUGAGCUCGCUGAGACUGGCGUUUUGCAGGUUCCCAGGAACACUCUAGAGAUCACGUUUGAGUGUCAGAACCUCGGCAAGCUGACCACAGUACAGAUGGGUCAUGACAACACGGGUCUUUAUGCAAAGUGGCUUGUGGAGUGUGUUAUGGUCCGCAAUGAGAUCACUGGGCAUACUUACAAGUUUCCGUGUGGUCGGUGGCUUGGUAAGGGGGUAGAUGAUGGCAGUUUGGAGAGGAUCCUUGUAGGAGAGCUGAUGACCCCCAGCACAGAAAAUGAUGAAAGGAUGUGUCGCACGCCUCCAAUGCAGCAGUCCCCAGGGAUGAUGAGGAGGUUUGUUACCAUCUCGCCAAACAGCAAACCAAAGUUAAACACUGGUCAGAUCCAGGAAGGAGUGGGAGAGGCCAUUAACGGGAUUGUGAAGCACUUCCACAAACCAGAGAAGGAGAGAGGCAGUCUGACCCUUCUCCUUUGUGGGGAGUAUGGCCUCGUCUGGGCUCUGGAGCAAGUUUUCCAGCACGGUUUCAAAUCACCCCGACUCUUUAAGAAUGUCUUCAUCUGGGACUUUUUGGAAAAGGCACAAGUGCACUUUGAAAGUGCGGAGCAGCGGGAUGUGACGCUUGACGAAAACUGGCAAACCAGAGUGCGUCACUUCUGCCGCUUUAUGCGUGCCAUCAACAGUACCUCCAGGAACAUUGGCAAGGAUGGAAAGUUCCAGAUGCUUGUGUGUCUGGGUGCAAGGGAUCAUUUGCUGCAUCACUGGAUCGCUCUGCUUGCAGACUGUCCAAUCACCGCUCAGAUGUAUGAAGACAUGGCACUGAUUAAGGAUCGCUCUCUGGUAAACUCUCUGAUCAGAGUUCUACAGACUCUGCAAGAGUUCAACAUUACGCUGGAGGCUUCACUUGUCAAAGGUGUUGGCAUCUGAACGAAGCCUAUUUUACACCAGUUGUACCUGAGUAGGUGGGUCAGUGGGGGCCACCAGAAAGUAUAACUGAACCUUUUAUAUGCAGGAAGAGACUUGAACAAAGGACUUUUUUCUGGCUUAUAUUAAAGCUACUGUUACAUUUGCCAUAUAUUAAGUGCAAUGAGCCUUUCAAGAUUUAUUUUUAUCCUCAAUAAUGUUGCCAUUAGAUGUUCAAAUAUGUUUUCUAUUCUGAACCAUAAUUUUCACAUUGAUGAUGAUGACCUACUUGUGCUAUGUUUUAUGGAAAGCGGAAUAUUUUCAUUGUUAAUGUGAACUGGUGACGAUGGCUAUGUUUACGGGGAAGUGAGUUGCAAAACUGUUAAUAUAUUUUCAGAUAAAAACAGUAUUAUUUUGUUAAAUCAGUCAAGUUGCUUGCUCUGUUGUCAACUCAGAAUCCAUUGUCAUAAUGCAGAGCUUAAAGCAAUUGAUGUAGAAGUAUGCUUUAUAAGUAUAUGUAUGACAUGGGGGUGGGGGGUGCACAGUAAUUCAGAUGUGGGAAUAAAAUGGUUUUAUAUUCGGGCGAUUCCCUGAUAAAUGGAUUAUGCAACUUUUACAAUAAAUAAUUUCAGCAGAGACCAUGAAUUUUCUUGCAUAAGACUGUGUAGGUUAAAAUCCAGUGGUGGAAAAUGAAUUCAUUUUGAAUAAAGGAAAAUGUCCCAAGUUACUGAUUUGUGUUCUGGAUGGAAAUCCACCAAGAUGCUUUGCAACCUCUAUGUACACUGUGGAUUACAAUGGCAGUCUUCAUGUAAAUAUCUCCCUUCCACCUGCCGUUAUCCCGUAGUGAGCCCUUGUACAAUAUCUGCCUUGUGUUUUUAAGCAGCUCGCACACAAAUGGUUGAGUUUGGUGCCAUAACUGGGCGAAUAAAAAGUUUGCACACCUCUGCUGAUUUCCUCAAGCAGCUCUCACUGGCCCGGCUCAGUGCCAAGUCUUCCUCUGCAGGCAUACCAGUCAGCAAACAUCAGGAAAAGCCGUUUUCCACAUAGUGCAGUCAGGCAUGGAGGGUCUGACUGUAUAGUGCAGCUGCUUGCCUGGGCUCGGCUUAGGGUGGCCUGGUGCAGACUUGGUGUACAAUUUUCAUGCAGAGCACGGAAAAAGUUAAACCAAAGAUUUCAAGAGUUGAGGACAAGUUAGCAUGGUGUGUACACAAAGCUCACCAAGAGUUAUGUCAGUCAAACUUUGUGUUGAGUCUGCAUGAACCAUUGACUCUGGAUAACUCGGUUUAACUUGUUCUGUGCUCAGUGUACAGACCGUAAAUCAAGCCGCAGCAGCAAGGAGUCUGAUUGAGCUCCUAAAAAAAAUUUUAACACGUCAGAAGCAGUAUGAUUUUAGCCAGACUUUCUGGUCUUGGCCAAGCCACACAGAGCAAGACACCGAAGCCACCUUGGGCUACUCGUGAGGCAUCCAGACGUGCUGGUGCCAAACUCAGCCAAGGAACCAUAGUGAUCCCAAGAUUGUGAGACAUGGAGGGGAAGGAGUGCUUUGUCACUUCCCAAUUUUUACCAUGAUGGUUUUUUGCUAUGCAAUGCCAACAUGAAAAAAAAAUGUCACCCUCUAACAAACUGGGAUGUGUUGAAUGGAUGCUGGGCCCUGCUGUUGCAUUGGACAUUUCACUUUACAUAAGAUUUAGGUAUGUGAAGGACUUUUCUGUGCCAACAUCUGGAGUGAUUGUGUUGUACUGGUUUGCGUGCAGCCCAAAUAAGCAUCUUGGGAGAGAUAUAUUUUUUGUUUUGCAAAACCUGUACAUUUAUUGGCAUAGCCUUGUAAUGUAGUGUCUACUAAGUGACUAAGCAACAGUGUACAGUGUAAAAAUGUUACGAAUAAAGCAUCUGCACUGCAUAAAGUUAAA